AUGGCCGAGUCAUCGAAUCAUAGGCCGCUCACUGGAAGUGGACGUGCUCAUUCUUCCACAGUCACUGUGCACAACAUUGGCAGUGGUCUCACGGUUCUCUCUUCCGUGUUUUUUGCCAUUGUACUGCUAUGCACACUGACGGGCAUGCCCGGUGGAAACUCGCCGUCGGCCAUGACCCCUGGGUACGUUGGCGCACCUCGCAACAACCGCUGCAAUGUAUUCCAGCAGCCAGGAUACAUUGCGCACAAUCCGUACCCUGUAUGGAAGUCGUACGACCCUGACUGUGAAUCGCCUACGAUCUUUCCCGAUUUGCUGGCCCUUACGCCAGGUGCCAAGAUGGGCACGGCUGCCUCGCUGCGCAGCCAAACACUUUCGACCAAGGCAAAGGAUGAUGUGAUUCGCACUGUGAAAAACCGUACCGUGGUGCUUGUGGGUGAUGCCGUGGACCGUGCAAUGAUCCAUGACUUGUGUGCCAUGUUCAACGAACAGCCCAUCCCAGUGGAUGUGUCGCACCCCUGGGGCUCUAGCCUGAAAAUGCCCGCUAUCAAGCAAGGCAAGAGCGCGCAAGGUGCUCUCCUGGCUGAUUACUGUGUUCUGCCUGAGUUUUCCACGAUCUUUACCUCGUUUUACCAUUACGGUGCUGACACGGAUGAGCUUUGGCGCACGCAGCCAGAGUACUACCCGCCUGGCCUGUUUGAGGACCGUGUCACUACUCUGCUGAAGCCCUACCUUGACGCUAUGGCACUUCGCUCUGUGAACGGUGUGAAGGCCAAGUCCAACCGCCCUGACCUCAUCGUGUUCUCGUCGAACCUCUGGGAUCUGGCAGCCUGGGCUAUGGAGGAUGAGCGUGCCCACUUGGAUGCGACAGGUGACCUGUCGGACAUUCGCCUGAACUGGUGGCGCUCUCGUAUGGUCGAUAUGAUUGAAGCUGUCCGAUUGCAGAUCAAUCCUAGCGUGCCAUUGGCGUGGCGUAGUGCUCACGUUCCUAUGACCAAAGUCAACGAUACCGUGGAGUGGUUCUUCUCGAGUAUGCACUCGACAACGAUGCCUGCCCCCAUUGAGGCAGGGCACCAGUUCGCUACGCCGAACCGAGUUAUGCAACUGAACAACGCGCGUCGCUCUAUGCUUCAGCUUACCGGCCGUGAUGGUCUUCGUGGCUUGCGCAGCAAGACCAUGUGGUCUGCGUCGAAGCAGCCGCGUCUGCGUGAUAUUCCCUUCGGUGAGGUUACACUAGGCCAAUCUAUGAACCAGGAGAACCUGCUGAACCCUGGUCUAGAGUCUCACUCGUACUUGUUCUGGAGCAUCGUUCUUGCAGAGUUGUACGAUUCGCUCUCGUAA